GCAAGCGCUGUGCGCCGCUGCGUGGGCCGGAGUUUUUUUGGAGGGAAAGGCGCACGCGCACGCUCUCCGUCCGCGGUCAACUGCCGUUCCUCGCUCGUGGCCUUCAGCUGUGUCGCAAGUGUGGGACACGACUCCAGGCACUCCUUGGGCAGCCAGUCCCUCUCCUGCCCCUCCCCGGCUUGGGGAGAAGCUGGUAGCCUCGCUGGGCAGCUGCACAGAGGCGAGUGUGGCCCAUGGACCUGCCAGAGAGCCGGGCUGGUGGGCCUGCCGCAGAAGUUCAUCUCUGGGAACAGUCAGAGGACGGGAGCCUGGGGCCAUUGCUCAGCUUGGAGGAGCAGAUACUGAACUCCACAUUUGAAGCUUGUGACCCUCAGAGCACAGGCACUGUAGCUGUGACGCGCGUGCUGGCCUACCUGGAGGCUGUGACCGGCCAGGGCUCCCAGGACGCACGCCUCCAGACAUUGGCCCGAAGCCUGGACCCUAACAGGGAAGGCCCUGGGGCCACUGUAGACUUGGACACCUUCCUGGUGGUCAUGCGGGACUGGAUUGCUGCCUGUCAGCUGCAUGGGGGAUUAGAGCUGGGAGAGGAGACCGCCUCUGAGGGAGCCCUGACCUCCCUGCAGCUGCCAUCUGGAUGCCUGGAAGCAGAGGAGCCAGCCAACCUGGAGAGUUUCGGAGGCGAAGNCCCCAGGCCUGCCGCCGCCGAUCUGCUGAGCAGCCUGGAGGACCUGGAGUUCAGCAACCGGCGCCUGGCCGGGGAGAACGCCAAGCUGCAGCGCAGUGUGGAGACGGCCGAGGAGGGCUCCGCACGCCUCGGGGAGGAGAUCCUGGCCCUGCGCAGGCAGCUUCGCAGCACCCAGCAGGCUCUGCAGUCCGCCAAGGCCGUGGAUGAGGAGCUGGAGGACCUGAAGACGCUGGCCAAGAGCCUGGAGGAGCAGAAUCGAAGCCUCCUGGCCCAGGCCCGGCAGACGGAAAAGGAGCAGCAGCACCUGGUGGCGGAGGUGGAGACCCUGCAGGAGGAGAACGGGAAGCUGCUGGCCGAGCGGGACGGAGUGAAGAGGAGGAGUGAGGAGCUGGCCACAGAGAAGGACGCUUUGAAGCGGCAGCUCUAUGAGUGUGAACGCCUCAUUUGCCAACGGGACACCAUCCUCUCCGAGCGUGUACGCCACGCCGAGAGCCUGGCCAAGACGGUGGAGGAGUACAGAGCCACCACCCAGGAACUGAGGCGGGAGAUCUCCCACCUGGAGGAGCAGCUGAGUCAGGCCCAGGAGGCGCCGGAUGAGCUGCUGGAAGGGGCCCAGACAGGAGGAGCGGGCUGGACCACGCCACUGCCCGCGUCGCUGGGCUUGGAGCUUGAGGCCAUUUGGCAGAAACAAGAAGUGGCCCGUGCCGAUCUCUCCAGUCCCCUGUGUGGAGUGUGGCAGUGGGGAGAGGUCACUCAGGAGCCCAGUGAGGAGCCUGAGGUCCCAUCUGAAGUCUCAGAUGGGGGGCAGAGAGAUUCCGAGGGAGAGCCGGCAUGCCCUGAAGGAGCGAGGAGGGAGCUGUCCCAGUGGUUGCCCGGAAGAGAGGAAGCAGAGGCAGAGGAGGAAUCAGAAGGGAAGAGCUGGCUCACGGCCGAUCCGCCCAUCCUUCUGAGAGACCCUCCCCCUGGAGACAUCACAGAGUGCCCUCCUCAGAGUCCUGCUGAGCGGGUGCUCCAACAAGCCCUGGUGCCCGUGGUGAAGGAGCUGGUCCCAGUCGGGAGGCCCUGGGGCCAGCACUGCCUGUCCCCGAUGUGUCCUCAGCCGCCCAGGGCCACUCGGCACCCGCUGCUCCCUGCCCGGGUCCUCGGCCCAGUGCUGCUGCUGCUGCUGCUGCUCUCAGUGCUGCUGCUGGGCCGGGCCCCGCCGCCCGCCUGGCCCCACCUGCAGCUCUGCUACCUCCAGCCGCCGCCCGUGUAGGUGCCACCUCCCUCACCCCUGCUCAGCCUUGUCACCGCCUGCCAGCCCUGCGCCCCCAGAGCCAGUGCGGGGGCAGCCAUGUCACUGCUUUGGGUAUUUAUGUGAUGUCUCCAGAUUUCCUACUACUGUGACUCCAUUUCUUAACAAAAACAAAAUGCACCCAG